UGCGCCUGCGCCAGGCAGAGCGGCGCGCGCCGAAGCCCGGCUCCCCCUUCUCCCACCCGCCGCCUAAGAAGGAGCCAGAGCCUGCGCGGGGCAGCGGGAGCCCGAGCCUGAGGAAACCAGUUCACGGAGGGACCUCUCCACACAGCUGGUGAUCUCAGUGCUCUCCUGCCUAACCAUGGCAACCCCAGAUGUGAGCGUUCACAUGGAGGAGGUGGUCGUGGUAACGACACCUGACAAUGUGGUUGAUGGCAGUGGUGUGGAAGAAGUGAAAACUGUGCUAGUGACCACAAACUUGUCUCAACAUGGUGGCGACCUAAAUGAAGACACCCUGGAGACAGAAAAUGCAGCUGCUGCAGCCGCUGCUGCCUUCACAGCUUCCACGCAUCUGAAAGAAGCUGUCUUAGUGAAGAUGGCUGAAGAGGAGGACAGCUUGGAGGCUGAGAUUGUUUAUCCCAUCACCUGUGGAGAUAGUAAAGCCAACCUGAUAUGGAGGAAGUUCGUGUGCCCAGGCAUUAAUGUGAAAUGUGUCCAGUAUGAUGAUCACCUAAUUAGUCCCAAAGAGUUUGUCCACUUGGCUGGCAAGUCAACCCUGAAGGACUGGAAGCGAGCAAUCCGAAUGAAUGGGAUCAUGCUCAGGAAGAUCAUGGACUCUGGAGAGCUGGAUUUCUACCAACAUACUAAGGUCUGUUCAAACACCUGCCGAAGCACUAAAAUUGACCUGACCGGAGCCAGAGUAUCUCUGACCAGCCAGACGUCAACAGAGUAUAUUCCUCUCACCCCUGCCUCUGCAGAUGUAAAUGGAUCUCCUGCUACAAUCACCAUAGAAACUUGUGAGGAAGCCAGUGAUUGGACCACUAGCAUUGGAGAUGACACGUUUGCAUUCUGGCGAAGUCUGAAGGAUGCAGGGCUGCUGGAAGAAGUGAUCGAAGAGUUUCACCAGGAGCUUGUGGAGACCAUGAAGGGCUUACAGCAGCGGGUCCAGGAUCCUCCCUUACAGCUCAGUGAUGCUGUCUUACUCAACAACAUAGUCCAGAAUUUCGGCAUGCUGGACUUGGUAAAGAAAGUUCUAGCUAGCCACAAGUGCCAGAUGGAUCUCUCAAGAGAACAAUACACACGGGAUUUAGCAGCAUUGGAGCAGCAAUGUGACGAGCACCGCAAGCGAGCAAAGGAGCUGAAGCACAAAUCGCAGCAUCUCAACAACGUGCUCAUGACUCUGACUCCAGUCUCCAUCCCAGCACCUUUAAAACGCCCCAGACUUACCAGGGCCACAUCUGGGCCAGCUGCUAUCACCUCUCAAGUCCUGACCCAGUCAGCACAAAUUGCCUUGGCCCCAGGAGUGCCGGUCUCUCAGCUUGCCAACCUCCCUCUCAGCAAAGUGGUGUCUGCCCUUCCAGCCUCAGUGCUUGGGAAAAGUACAUCACAAGCUCCCUCAGCCUGCUCCCCAGCCUCUCCGUUAUUGGGAGGAUAUACUGUACUGGCUUCCUCAGGCUCUAGUUUCCCCAACACCGUUGAGAUCCAUCCCGACGCUUCCAACCUGACAGUCCUCAGCACGGCAGCCAUACAAGAUGGUAGCACUGUGGUGAAAGUGGUGAGCCCUUUUCAGCUGCUCACUCUCCCGGGACUAGGCACCACCAUACAGAACGUAACACAAAUGGCUCCCAGCGGGAGCACAAUUGUGACGGUGCCAUCGAGCGCCGUUGAGGAUGCCACAGCGUCAGACGAACACACCACCACCAUUGAGGUGACAACAGUGGCAGAAGAGCCAGAGCAGAAAUGAAAAGGGGACAUGCCUGAAGGGACAUUUUUUUGUGACGUACUCUGGCUUGAACUGCCUUUUCUUUGCCUGCGCUGAGGGAAGAGGGAACAGUAUAAAGAGGGCACAGGGAAUUGAGACUCCGAGGUAGAUUGGCUAAAAGGAGUAAUAAUGAGGUUUGAGCCAAAGAAAGGGAAAGAGAGACCUCCAAAAAAGAGGGGGGGGAAAUGAAUCGCACUGACCCAUUAACCGGUUUACAUAUAAAACUUUCCUCCCGUGUUUUCCUGGAACACAUGUCAUCUUCAUGUCUAGUUCACUAGCUCUGCAUCGUCUCCAGACAUCUCAGCUGGAACAGAGCGUCAAGAGAAGCAGAUGUGGGCAGGGCCUGAGAACAGGGAAUGAGCAGAAAGUAGCGAAAGGUUAAGGAAACAGUAGAUGAGGCAUUUUACCCGAAGCUAAGGGGUAAGUGGCCAAGGGGCACUCCUGAGUUCUGGCAUGAUUCAAUACUGCAUGUAGGCCAGCAAUACUAGGGAGUCUGCUGCUUCCCCUUCACAGCCGAGGGCAGUUUGGGAAGCUGGUGGGUGGGCCGGUACAGAGUGCAUAACUGGGCAUGAAAAAUGUGCAUGACAGUUGAGGUAAAGCAGCCUUGGACCAGGGAAGUUUCUCUGAUGUGUGGCAGUCACAGGGCUGAUCCAAGUGACCCUUGUUGCUGGUUUCUGCACAUAAUGUUGGGUUUGGGUAGUUAAAUGCAGUGUCUCAAUAUUACCAAAUGUGCAGUCUCCUCAUUGUGAGUGAGAAGCUGGUCUCCCAGGUCUGAUCAUUGAGAGCGGAAUGGGGGACAGUUAUUAAAAGUUUUGGUUCCAUCCAGGGACAGAUGUGGAAAAUCUGUAUCUUCUGAGGAUUCAGGGUCUCCUUCUGUUUUCUCAAAAAUCUGUUCUUUGGGCUUUUUUAAAAAAAGGAAACUCUUGUGGCCCUUCUAGUUGUGAAGAUGAUGUCCGGGGCACAGUUGUACUGUUGAGUAUGUAGAGAAACCAAUUAAAUAAUAGCACUGAGAGACAUCUGAACUACUUCCAUCUUAGCAGGUGUUAACUGUGGAAUCUAAUCAUCUCCAUGUCUCUGCUAACCUCUUAUCAGAAGCAUCUAGCCAAUGAGCCUUAUCUAGUGUGGCUGCGUGUUCUUGUCCCCUCCCAGAGUGUUCAAAAGGAUAUUUUGUGGGCUGCAAGGUUUGAAUAUGCAAAUAGAAUAUUCAAAUAUGAAAUACUCUUGAUUAUUCAGCUCGCUGAGAGGUUCGCUACUGUCCUUAUUUUUGUAAAAGAGGUGUGUGUGUGUGUGUGUGUGUGUGUGUAAAAGUGACAUUUCAGCUAGAAACAGUGUUAAAGGGGCUGGAUUCCUGCAGUGUGGGUUUUCUAUCAACUUGAUCUGGCGGCAGCAGCAGCAGCAACAACAGGUCACUUUAAUAAGCUAAUAAAUAUUUUUGAAAGAGUG